AUGAGUGAAAAUGACCAGGGCUGGGGACCCCAGCGGACCCUGCGGCUCUCCGGGACCAGGGCGGGGGGCCCCAGGCUGGCCCUGUCUGUGUUUCUCUGGGAUCAGGCUCCCCAGGGUCUGGAGCGAGGCCCUCUGGGGGCUCAGGGCUCUGUGCAGUUUCUACCCCUUCUGGAAGGGAGAGGGACGCUCUUCAGAGAUAUCACAGACUACUUCUACUACUGCCAGCUGCGCCUGCAGGGCAUCGACUCCAUGGAGCCGCGGCGCGUGUCCACCAGGAUCCCCCUGACGGAGCUGCCCACCAUGAUGAGGGCGCUGGGCUUCUUCCCCUCCGACAGAGAGAUCGAGGACAUGCAGAGCGAGGUGAAGUACAGCCGGUUUGCAGAGACGGGGGUGGAGGUCCGAGACGUGGACCUGGAGGACUUCAUCCGGCUGUACGUGAACCACCGACCCGUGGUGGACAGCAGCCGGGAGGAGCUCCAGCGCGCCUUCGCCGCCCUGGGGCGCCUGACCGAAGACGGGGAGCGCGUCAUCUCCAGAGACGACAUGCUCCGCCUGCUGCAGACCAGAGGGGAACCGAUGACAGAGGAAGAGUUGGCGGAGUGCUUCACCAUACUGUUGGGGGCAAAUCCAGAAGGUGGAACACCCGAGCUGGAGACCUUCGAUGGUAAAGAUUCCAAAGGCCUGCUGGAGAGGAUGAUUCCGGAGGAGGUCUCCCUGGAAACGUUCAUGGUGGACAUCCUGGGCUGGUCCGCCUCCGCCAGGAAGCCCUCGUCCGGAGCAGAACCUCCAGCCGAGCCAGAGGCCCCGUAGGCAAGAGCGGCAGUCACUCUGUGGACCGCUCCAAACCAGCCAUUUUCUACUUGGGACAACUUUUUAAAAACGAAUUAGCCAGCUAAUUAUCUAAUUAUUAGAAUUAUCGAAGUCUCUGUGUGUCAUGCAAUACACCCUCAGUUGGUGUGUACAUAAAGGCACUCCACCCUAGAUGUAAAAGCAUAAAAUGGAAUUUAAUUAUUUAAUUUCAUUUUUUUUAAUUGUUUGUUUCUUUGUGAUAUUGCAGCUUGUUAAACACUUUUGGAUUUCCAAUUAACUGCUAUAAAAAUGUAUUGUUAUUGUUAUUAUUAUUAUUAUUAUACCACAUCCACUGCGGUAUGUACAGACACGAGGUAUUACACCAGGCAGAAAACGGCAAAGCCUUUCGUCUGAGCCGAACGUUGGAUUCAGCUGUGGUGCUCCUGGCGCGUGGUCGGACUGGCACAGUGGUGAUUCAAUUAUUGGAGACGUUUCUAUAAUUUUUGUUUGGUUGUUUGUUUGUUUUAAUAGUGGUAAUGCAGUAUGUGUAAGAGUUUUGUUUGUACAUGUUUUUCAAAUGACCGGUUUUAUUAAAGCAUCCUACGUUUUGGAUCAAUAUUUAUGACGUUUAAAUAUAACUUUUUGUAAAUGUAUCUGGCUGUAAAAUGUAUGCGGAAAAAACACCACGCGAUGUCAAUAAUAAAAACGUGUUUGUAUUGCAAAGAAUAAAAUAUUUGCAUAAUUUCCCGCUAUAGCUAUAAUAUAACGUUACUGUUUGUAAACAAAUCUUAAAUAAAACUACAACAUAUGUCAA